UGCGCACCUCAGACGGCGGUGGUGCGCAGACGACAUCAGUUCAGUCAAGUCACGGUCGCAUCUCUAGCUUCGGUCACAUCGACAACUCGACGAGUCCUUGCCCAGCUGUACAACAUAAAAGUAGCAUGGAGCAGCUGCCGAACGACUUGCUGCUCACGGUGAUGGAGUACUUGCGGACAGAGGACCUCUUCGCGUGCCGCCUUGUGUGCAAGAAGCUUGGGGCGCUGGCGCUGCACCCGGGCGUGUGGCGGCGCCAGCGCUGCAGCAGCGGCAGGGCCGGGACCGGCGACAAAGCGGUGUGCCGGGUGCUGCGCCUGGCGCCGCGCCUGAACAAGCUGACCCUCCGGCUCGAGGGGAGGAGCCACCACGUCUCGUACGACAGGACGAAGUGCGCCGUGAGGGAGCUGGAGCUGGAGAUGAACGCGUCCAGCGCCGUGCUCGCCAACCUCAUGAUCCGCAACCAGGAGGCGCUCGGCCGGCUGAGACGCGUGGCGUUGACCCUCUGUGACGUUGUUAAGGCCGAAACUGGCGCGCUGUGCUUGACGUUAGCGACGUCGUCUGUCUUGAAGAAGCUAGAAAUUAAAUGUUACUCGUACCCGCCUCGACUUCCCUUCGCGGAUGGUCUGUCCUGCACAGUGCACACUCCGUCCCUGGAAUAUUUCCAGUGCAGUUUCCAGUUGGCGUCGGAGGGCUUCAUUAACUUCGUGCUGGCCGGGCACGCCUCGACCCUGAAGGUCGUCGACCUCGGGGACAAGGAUCGCAUGACCGCGCGGUCGAGCUCGACGGCGUCCCUGCUCGCCGGUGUCGCCCACCUCCAACAGCUGACCUGCCCGCUGCUCCCCUCGAUGGAGGACCUGGCGGCGAGCGCUUCGCUCACGAACCUGACCCUCUACGUGUCAUCCGCGAUGAAGCAAGUCGCCCCCGCGGCCGCGAACUUUUUGCGCCGCGCUCGGCACCUGCGCGACGUCACCCUAUGUUACAGGUCCGACGACAGAUACCCGGCUGACGUCGGGGUCGACCUGGUCGGGGCGCUAGCCGGCACGGGACAGAACGGCGUGCAAGUCCUGAACAUCGAAAACACGAUCUGGCCUGAUGAUGAUGAUGACGGCGAGGGUGAAGGUGAAAGAGUCCCCUACCCCUACCUUGAACCGCUGGCCAGGGCGCUCCCCUCCAUGCCGGCCCUGAGCUCUCUCUCGGUGGAUGUGUUUGGGGUCCCGGAGGAGCUGCUGGAGGCCAUCUCACCGGACACGGCCCCGGCCCUGGACACCCUGCGCCUGACGCCUGAGGGUCCAGACAGGGGUGGUGACCGAGACCAACCCGAAUGCGCUCACGGCUGGAGGCACGAGGACUCAGUCGAGAAGUUUCUCGCUCUAAAUCCCAAAAUCAAACUGAGCAUACGCUGUGAAAGGAUGAGUUGCUAUAGUGAAAAAUACUCAAAGUGGAAGUGUCAAUCUUGCAAACAAGGUUGUCACAUGCAGCACUAUCGGAAUAGCAAGACAUACUUGUACUGUUGGGCGAGGAUGUUUCCAGAUUCAGAAUUAUCGUCUUCGAAUGUACAAUGAAAUGUUUUGUAGGUGUCAUGUAUUGCAUAUGAAACGUA